AUGUAUAUUUCUGUGACUGUUCUAUAUCUAUCUAUCUAUCUAUCUAUCUAUCUAUCUAUCUAUCUAUCUAUCUAUCUAUGUUCAUUUUCUCUCAGUGUUUUCUAUCUAUCCAUCUAUGAAUGUUCAUGUAUAUCUGUGAUUGUUCAUAUCUAUCUAUCUAUCUAUAUAUCUAUCUAUCUAUCUAUCUAUCUAUCUAUCUAUCUAUCUAUCUAUCUAUUCUAUGUUCAUCAUCUCUCAUCUGUUUUCUAUCUAUCCAUCUAUGAAUGUUCAUGUAUAUCUGUGAUUGUUCAUCUAUCUAUCUAUCUAUCUAUCUAUGUUCAUCUAUCUCUAUCUAUCUAUCUAUCUAUUUUUCUCAGUGUUUUCUAUCUAUCCAUCUAUGAAUGUUCAUGUAUAUCUGUGAUUGUUCAUAUCUAUCUAUCUAUCUAUCUAUCUAUCUAUCUAUCUAUCUAUGUUCAUAUUUCUCUCAGUGUUUUCUAUCUAUCCAUCUAUGAAUGUUCAUGUAUAUCUGUGAUUGUUCAUAUCUAUCUAUCUAUCUAUCUAUCUAUCUAUCUCUAUGUUCAUAUCUAUCUAUCUAUGUUCAUAUUUCUCUCAGUGUUUUCUAUCUAUCCAUCUAUGAAUGUUCAUAUAUAUUUCUCUAGUGACUGUUCAUAUCUAUCUAUCUAUCUAUCUAUCUAUCUAUCUAUCUAUCUAUCUAUCUAUCUAUGUUCAUAUUUCUCUCAGUUGUUUUCUAUCUAUCCAUCUAUGAAUGUUCAUAUAUAUCUCUAUCUACUGUUCAUCUAUCUAUCUAUCUAUCUAUCUAUCUAUCUAUCUAUCUAUCUAUCCAUGAAUUCUUUUCAUACCUAUCUAUCACUCUAUGAAUUUUCAUAUCAUUCUGUGACUAUCUAUCUAUCUAUCUAUCUAUCUAUCUAUCUAUCUAUCUAUCUAUCUAUCUAUCUAGAUAGAUAG